GUAAGCGAUGAAGGGAAGCUAGGGCGUAUAACAGCAAACAUUUCUGAGAUAAAAAACACACACACACACAUGCAAACUUAUGUAAGAACGCCUCCGCAAUGCAUCAGUUUACCCAAUUUUCUUCUGUAUUCUGAUUGGCUAUCUACUAGUUUACAUGUAUAAAUUAAAUUUACAAAUAUGAGUAUUCAUUCAGUACCACUGCAGAUUUUGUUUCCGCUUUGAUCUACACGAUGCCGCCACUUACAUGCUGCACAUUACUGCUUUUAAUCACUUUACAUGGGAUUUUCACUUUUCCUAGUUCACGAGAUGAGUAUACGAUUCGUAUGCCAGGAGUUAGGACAACACAGGAUGAUGAAUACUGGUGUUAUUCACAACGAGUUGACAAUAACACAUUUUAUAUAACUAAGUUCGAGCCACUGUACGAUCCUGAAUUAGCGCAUCAUAUGAUCUUAUUUUCAUGUGAAAACCCUGGAUCAGAAAAUCAGUUAUGGAGAUGCGAUAUGAUGUCUAGUGAUGCAUCACCUGUAUGCAAAGGAACUCCAGAAAUUGUAUUUGCCUGGGCGAUGGGGGCUCCAUCAUUUAAAAUGCCAGAAGGUGUGUCGCAUAAAGUUGGCUUGGGAACUCCAUCCAAAUACUUAGUCUUACAAAUUCACUAUAAAAAUGCUGCUUCAUUUGAAUCAGAUGAGAAUAAAGUAGAUACGAGUGGAAUAAAACUUACCGUACAAGCUACACCGACCAAUAAAUUGUCUGGGAUGUAUAUACUAAUUAGCGGUGGUAAAGUUCUACCUAAACAGACAACUAAACUUGAAAUGAGUUGUAUGUAUACAGGCCAAGUUACACUUCACCCAUUCGCCUACCGUGUUCAUGCACACAGCCAUGGCGUUCUGAAUGAAGGAUUUGUUCUUGAUGGCGAAAAUAAAUAUUUGAUUGGAUCCAAAUCACCACAAGUUCAUCAGACAUUUUAUCCAGUGGAGAACAAAUCGCUUGAAAUACAUAAUGGUGAUAACAUUGCAGCAAUGUGCAUCAUGGAAAAUAAUGAAGAUAAAGUAAUCCCAAUGGGAAGUACACGUCAGGAUGAAAUGUGCAAUUUCUACAUGAUGUAUUGGGUUGAUAAAGACAAUGAGGAUCAGCUGUAUGAUGUAAAAAAUCAGGUUUGCUAUGUAGGUGACGAGUCGGAUAUUGAGAAUGAAAUUAAAAAUAUGUAUGAAUUCUCAAUUUCACGACCCCCUUGGACAGAUUUCGAUUUUCAAGCUGAAGUAGACGGUGAACCUUUAUUUGGAUUUGACUGAUCUGAUCAAUUGUCAACCAUUUAUAGCAUAAGAUAUGCAAAAAGAGUAAUUCAGAGUUUUAAAAGUUUAAAAAAGUUACUAUUAAUUUCUGUGAUGUGUCCAUUUGUCUUUGUCUUUGCAUUGAUCACCUUUUUGUAUUGUACUCUUUUGUGAACAUUUGUCUGUGUUGAAACUUUAUUUGUCUCAUUUUGUUUUUGGGGCAUUGUUUAACUUCACUCUGAUUGGUUCUUCUUUUUGGAAUUCCUUUUUAUUUAUUAAUAUUCUAUCAUUUACGAGAUUUGAGUUUGUUUGUUUUUGUUUGGUUUGGUUUCUAGUAACAGUAUUACUUAAGUACAUUACACUCAUCAAACUGUUUUCUAUUGCACAAAAAUAUUU